CAAAUAUAUUUGGAGUGGAAAAAGAGGAGGAAGAAGAAGAAGCAAGAUGAGCAGAAUAGGAACUGGUUACGAUCUCUCCGUCACCACUUUCUCUCCUGACGGCAGCAUUUUCCAGAUCGAGUACGCCGCCAAAGCAGUCGACAACAGCGGAACUGUGAUUGGAAUAAAAUGUAAAGAUGGGAUCGUAAUGGGAGUUGAAAAGCUGAUAGCAUCAAAGAUGAUGUUGCCCGGUUCUAAUCGAAGAAUCCACUCCGUUCAUCACUAUUCCGGCAUGGCGGUGGCCGGAUUAGCGGCUGACGGCAGGCAAAUUGUGGCCCGUGCUAAAUCUGAAGCUACUAAUUACCAAAGGAUUUUCCUUUUGUUUUCCGUUUGAAAUAAAUUUCCACAGUUCAUAUUUAACUAUACCUGUUAUGUUUUUACUUUUUAUCUAAUUAAGGGUUUCAUUUGUUGGUGGUUCUGAAGUGUAUACGGUGAACCCAUUCCUGUCAAAGAACUUGCUGAACGUGUUACGAGUUAUGUGCAUUUAUGCACCCUUUACUGGUGGCUCAGGCCUUUUGGCUGUGGGAUAAGUCUCGGUGGUUAUGAGAUGGUCCCCAAUUAUAUAUGGUUGAACCGUCUGCCAUCUCCUAUCGAUACUUUGGUGCUGCAAUUGGGAAGGGAAAACAAGCUGCGAAAAC